AUGGCGGUCUCCGUGCAUGCGAUUACUCUCCUCCUCAUAGCAUUUUCUCUAAUCUCACCGUCGUAUUCUGCUACCUGUAACUCACAGACCUUCACCAAUAAAAAGCUUUACACUUUCUGUAACGACCUCCAUUCUCUCAAUUCCUACCUCCACUGGACCUAUGAACCGGCAAAUUCGACACUCUCUGUGGCCUUCAUCGCCCCUCCGGCUAGCCCUGAUGGUUGGAUUUCAUGGGCCAUCAAUCCAACGGGUACUGGGAUGGUGGGGGCUCAGGCCCUUAUCGCUUUCAGAGACUCCAAAGGUGCAAUGACCGUCAAGACUUAUAACAUCAAAUCUUACGGUCCGUUGAUGGAGUCCAGGGUUUGGUACGAUGUUAAGGAGUCAUCGGCUGAGAGCUCUGGCGGUAUGAUCAGACUGUUCGCCACCUUGGUGCUGCCGGCCAAUGGCAAGACUAUGGUGAACCACGUAUGGCAGGUGGGAUCUUCUGUUACGAAAGAUGUGCCAGAUAAACAUGGAUUCCAGCCGGAGAAUUUGAACUCCAAAGGGAGCCUUGAUUUGUUGAAAGGAAAAGGUGGAGGCAUUAGUGAAUCUCGAACCAAGAAAAAGAAUAUUCAUGGGAUACUAAAUGUAUCGAGUUGGGGGAUUAUGUUUCCUCUUGGGAUCAUAGUGGCAAGGUACCUGAAGACUUUUCCAUCUGCAGAUCCAGCAUGGUUUUAUAUUCAUGUUAUCUGCCAAGUAUCUGCCUACGUAAUCGGGGUUGCUGGUUGGGCAACCGGUCUUAAGCUUGGAAGCGAAUCAAAGGGUGUUCAAUAUACUUACCAUGGUACUAUUGGGAUUUCCCUAUUCUUUCUUGCGACAGUGCAGAUUUUCGCGCUAUUCUUGAGGCCGGGGAAGGACCAUAAAUAUCGGUUUUUCUGGAACAUAUAUCAUCAUGGAAUUGGCUAUACAAUCCUCGUCCUUGGCAUAAUCAAUGUGUUCAAAGGUUUAGACAUAUUAAAUCCUGAACAGAAAUGGAGAAAUGCAUAUACUUUUCUGAUUAUAAUGUUGGGAGGGAAUGCUCUACUGCUGGAGGUGAUUACUUGGAUAAUUGUUGUAAGGAGGAAGUCCAAUAAGUCAAACAAAACAUACUACGACAACAGUUCACAGGGCAGCCAUGAACCUUUAUAG